AUGGUUGGUAGCCUAAAGCAACUCAAGGAGCUAAGCAUAUCCAACUGCCACUAUAUGGAGGAGGUAGUUGUUAAGGACGAAAAUAUUGUUGUAGAAGAAGAAGAGGAAGAAUCUGAUGGAAAAAUGAGUGAGCUUAUGUUGCCUUGUCUCAAGUCCUUAAAACUUUAUGGAUUAUCAUGUCUCAAAGGGUUUUUCGUAGGGAAGGCGGAUUUUUCAUUCCCAUUAUUGGAUACUUUGAUUAUCAUAGCAUGCCCAGCAAUAACUACUUUCACCAUGGGAAAUUCGUCUACUCCAGAGCUAAAAGGAAUCAAAACAGAUUUUGGCUCGUUUUAUGUAGAGGAAGACAUAAACUCCUUUAUAAAGAUGAAACAAGAGGUAGCAUUUCAAAAGAUAUUACUAAUGCCAAGUUAUUAUCAAAGCAUUUCAAAAGAUAUUACUAAUGCCAAGUUAUUAUCAAAGAUCAAGGUGACGACUCUUGCAUUGGAUUACAUGUUGAGAUCAUGUUUGCUUUUCCAAGAACUAAAUCAGAAUCAAAGAGGAUAA